AUGGGUAUUGAGAUAGAGCAAUGUGUGGAGCUUUCAAAAGUUGCAGUUUCUGAAACUCAUGGUGAAGAUUCCCCCUACUUUGCUGGGUGGAAAGCUUAUGAUGAAGACCCCUAUCAUGAAAUAACUAAUCCCUCUGGAGUUAUACAAAUGGGGUUGGCAGAGAAUCAAGUUUCAUUUGAUUUGCUUGAGAAGUACUUGGAGGAAAACUCAGAGGCUUCCACAUGGGGAAAAGGAGCUCCUGGUUUCAGAGAGAAUGCUUUAUUUCAAGACUAUCAUGGGCUUAAGUCCUUCAGAACAGCAAUGGCAAGCUUCAUGGAACAAGUAAGAGGAGGGAGAGCAAAAUUUGACCAAGAAAGAGUAGUCCUCACUGCAGGUGCAACUGCAGCCAAUGAACUCUUAACCUUCAUCCUUGCAAACCCAGGAGAUUCUCUACUUGUUCCAACCCCUUACUAUCCUGGAUUUGAUAGAGAUUUAAGGUGGAGAACUGGGGUGAACAUAGUUCCAAUCCAUUGUGAAAGCUCAAACAAUUUCCAGAUUACUACUGAAGCUUUAGAGGCUGCAUACAAUAAUGCAGAAGCCAUGGGAACUAAAGUGAGGGGAGUACUAAUCACAAACCCUUCAAACCCAUUAGGUGUAACAAUUCAACGCUCAGUUUUGGAGGAGAUUCUUGACUUUGUGACUCUCAAGAACAUCCAUCUUGUUUCAGAUGAAAUCUACUCAGGCUCUGUCUUCUCCUCCUCUGAGUUUAUAAGCAUAGCAGAAAUCCUUGAAGCUCGUGAAUACAAAAAUGCAGAAAGAGUUCACAUUGUUUAUAGCCUCUCCAAGGACCUUGGUCUACCAGGUUUCAGAGUUGGCACCAUUUAUUCAUACAAUGAUAAGGUUGUGACAACAGCUAGAAGGAUGUCCAGUUUCACCCUAAUAUCCUCUCAGACACAGCACCUAUUGGCUUCAAUGUUAUCAGAUAACAAGUUCACUGAGAACUACAUUAAGACUAAUAGAGAGAGAUUGAAGAAGAGAUAUCAAAUGAUCAUUGAAGGUUUGAGAAGUGCUGGGAUUGAGUGUUUGAAAGGAAAUGCUGGGUUGUUUUGCUGGAUGAAUCUGAAUCCACUGUUGGAGAAGCCAACAAGGGAAGGUGAAUUAGAAUUUUGGAAUGCUAUUUUAAAUGAAGUGAAGCUCAAUAUCUCACCAGGGUCUUCUUGCCAUUGUUCUGAACCAGGUUGGUUCAGGGUAUGCUUUGCAAAUAUGAGUGAACAGACUCUGGAAAUAGCAUUGAAAAGAAUACGUGACUUCAUGGAGAGAAUAAAGAAAGACAGAAAGGAUAUAGAAAUAUAA